CCAGCCUUUGUGCGCUAUUUAAGGUCAGCACCAGGAGCCGACUGUGAGUCACAGCACCCAGAAGGGCAGCAGCGGCUCCACACACCCCAGCACCCAGCCGCCAUGGCUUCCCUGGGGCAGAUCAUCUUCUGGAGCAUUAUUAGCAUCAUCAUUAUUCUGGCUGGAGCAAUCGCACUCAUCAUUGGCUUUGGAAUUUCAGGGAGACACUCCAUCACAGUCACUACUCUCACCUCGGCCGGGAACAUUGGUGAGGAUGGAAUCCUGAGCUGUACUUUUGAACCCGACAUCAGACUUUCUGAUAUUGUGAUCCAGUGGCUGAAGGAAGGUGUUGUAGGCUUGGUCCAUGAGUUCAAAGAAGGCAAAGAUGACCUGUCAGACCAGGAUGAGAUGUUCCGAGGCCGGACAGCAGUGUUUACAGAUCAAGUGAUAGUUGGCAAUGCCUCUUUGAGGCUGAAAAAUGUGCAACUCACAGAUGCUGGCACCUACAAGUGUUACAUCAUCACUUCUAAAGGCAAAGGGAAUGCCAACCUUGAGUAUAAAACUGGAGCCUUCAGCAUGCCAGAGGUAAAUGUGGACUAUAAUGCCAGUUCAGAGAGCUUGCGAUGUGAGGCUCCUCGCUGGUUCCCCCAGCCCACAGUGGUCUGGGCAUCCCAAGUGGACCAGGGUGCCAACUUCUCAGAAGUCUCCAACACUAGCUUUGAGCUGAACUCGGAGAAUGUGACAAUGAAGGUUGUGUCUGUGCUCUACAACGUCACAGUCAACAACACGUACUCCUGUAUGAUCGAAAAUGACAUCGCCAAAGCCACCGGGGAUAUCAAAGUCACAGACUCCGAGAUCAAAAGGCGAAGUAGCCUGCAGCUGCUCAACUCCAGGGCUGCCCCGAGUGUCUCCCCUCGCUCUGCCGUCGGCUGGCUGCUCCUGCCCCUCUCCUCUUACGUGAUGCUGAAAUAAUGUGCCCUGGCCGUACAAAGGCAUGCAAAGCCUCUGGGACCACAGAAUCCCAGGAAUCUACAGAACAAUUUUACCAGAUGAUAUGACCUAGUUUUAUAUUUCUGCGGGGAAAUGAAUUCAUAUCUAGGAGUCUGGAGUGCACAAACAAAAACAGGAAACAAAAAAAGAUGUCAAAAGCAACCCAGAGAAGAUACCAGUAAGAGCAAAAUAAAUCUGUCUUCAAAGACAUCUAUGAAAAAUUGGGGAACUAAUUCAUGUGAUCUGGAGGAGUGUGCAGACUGCUGAGUGGCGCACACGUGGACACAGGUGCUCCCGUAUCUCAGGGACCUUCCAUUGACUUCCGGGGAGUGAGAGAUGGGAAAGUGCACCUGCCUUGGCUCUGAAUCUUAGUCUCUCGUGCUGUGGUGCUGCUCCGAGGAAGCUCUGGCAAGUUUCGCUCACGAUACAACCUCGUCUUGUAUUCCACAAACUCAACUGCUGUGUAUGCCAUGAAGACGCUGCUGGUCAGCUGCCACCGCACCCUCAGAGGUGGGGCCAAAGAUCUGCACUUCAUUCCGAUGCCUUCAAAAGUGUCUUGGCUCCCCCUCCCACCUUAUAAACGCCAAAGAAUGAAAAAUUAUUUUAGUGGAAGAAAAGGAGUUGGCUGACAGUGCUUUUCUAAAUCAUGGGAGCAUCUCUUUAAAAACAAACCAAUGCCAGUGUAUCUGUCAGAGGACUUUCAUCUAUUAGUGGUCCAGGGAAGGACCUCUCACCUUGCCUACGUGGCAUUACGUCAUCACGAGGUAUGGGGCUUCGACUCCCUGUCCUUCAUGGCUCCCAUUCUUGACAGCACCUAGAACAGUGAGACUCACCAGGCCCAAUUUUGCGUCCCCUCCACCCCUAUUCCUCAGGAGACACUUGGCAAUGUCUGGAGACGAAGUUUGGGAAUCACAACUUGGGAGGUGAGGACACGGUACUACUAGCACCUGGCCAGUGUAGCCCAUAGAUGCUAUUCAGCAUCCUACAACGUACAGGACGGCACCCUACCAGAGGGAAUUAGCCAGCCCUCGUCAGUCACGCCAAGGUUAGAGACCCUGACUUAGAGUAAAAAGGAGGGAGCAAAUACAUCUGUUUGCUUCCCAGGAUUAGGCACUGGUUUCUGUCUCUUUGGCUGCUGCCUCAGCACAGAGAGCUGGAAGUCUGUGUCAGGCAACCUGGACAGCGUCUUCCAAGGAAUUGAACCCACAGGGCCCUGGGAAAUUCAAGAGGGGAUUAUCUUCAGGUUCCUCUCCCUUCCGUCUCCCUGCAAACUGGGUUCUGUGAGAGAGAGAGAUGCCGGAAUUCCAGCUCAAGGUCUCUUGCUCUGAAUUUUGAUCUCAGGACCCAGUCUCACCAAAAUUCAAAUGAAGGCAAUCCAGGUAUCCUCCUUGAAACACACAGGGACUUCUGAAAGCAGGGCAUGAACUAAGGCCUCGUGGAAGAAAGCUUUGAUGGAAAAGGACGCUGGUUUCCAGCCCUUCUCCCCCAAAACUCUUCGUGUGUUGACCACUGCCUGCCUGGCACUUGGACUCACCACAACUGUGUUACAUUGUGUCACCGAAAACUUGAUUUCAGCAUUCUGACCGUUCAGGAGAAUGAUUAAAUAUACAUUUCCUACA